UGAAAGGCAUAGAGAAGGGCAAGCAGUAGUUUGCUGGCUGGUUAUAACAGGUCAACAACAAUAAAUAAUGUGGACUAUGGUAGUAUAAAGCAGGUGAUUUAAUGAUAAUGAUCUGAAAGAAAGACAAAGUCAGCAAGAGACAAAACCACAGACAGGCAGUGUUUUAGUCAUUUCACUAAGGAAUCCAAAGUUCACAAUAUAAUAAAAAGUAAAUGGAGAAAAAAAAAAACUUUAUGAAGUGGUGCUAUUGGAAUAGGAAACCCUGUGUUUAACCAGACAGGUGCUAUGGGUGUCAAGCCUGAGAUCUGCUUAAAGUGCACAUUCCUCCCACCCACUGAUACAAGAAACAGGAUCAAAGCAGAGAGCAAGACAAGUGCAGUUGCAUUAUUUUAGAGAACUAAAGAUGGAAUGACCUUAGAUCCUAUCUUCACAAAUCCUUCCCAUAUCUUUUGUCGUGUUCAGAUAUUGUGCAGUUGAAUAGAGAUAUAAUUGGCCAUAUUUGCUAUAACUGUAAAAAAAGAAAAGAAAAAAGGAAAGAACGAAGAAAAGAAGAAGAGGACAUGACGAUGCAAAACUGAACACAGGGUUUGAAGAUUUCUGCUUAAGCGAUGGAAUACCUGCUGCAGAUGACUGUGUUUUUAGCACUUACUUUUAACGUGAUGGCAUCGGUAAUGGAUAGGAGAAUGGAGUUCACAGAAGCAGUGGAAUACCUUAGGAAGUAUGGCUACCUGCAUACUCCUCUUGACCCACAGGACCAGGGCUUUUCACCUAUGGACAUUAGAGAGGCCCUCAGGGUGUUCCAGAGGGUGACACAUAUACCCACCACUGGAAAGGUAGAUGCGAAAACUCUAGAUGUGAUGAGGAAACCACGCUGUGGACUCGAAGAUUCCUUCAGCCAAAGAUCCCACAAAUAUAGAGUGCUGGGUUAUUGGCACAAGAGGAGCCUGACCUACCGCAUCUAUAACUACACUCCAGACAUGGGAAAGACAGAGACCAGGAGAGCCAUUCGGUCUGCUUUCAAAUACUGGAGUGAGGUGGCUCCCCUGAGCUUCCGAGAGGUGGAGUAUGGACGGGCUGACAUCAAGAUCUCAUUCCAUAGGAAAGAUGCCACAUGUGCUGUGCCCUUUGAUGGACGAGGUUAUGUGCUGGCCCAUGCAGAAUCACCAGAGUCAGGAAUUGUACAUUUUGAUGAAGAUGAGUUUUGGACUGAGGGGAGGUACUAUGGCACUAAUCUGCGUAUAGUAGCUGCCCAUGAGAUAGGCCAUGCCCUGGGGCUAGGCCACUCCCAGUACAGCAGUGCUCUAAUGGGUCCAGUUUAUUCUGGUUACCGUGCCAACUUUCGCCUGCACCCUGACGACGUAAAGGGCAUUCAAGCUCUCUAUGGUAAACGUGUAAGCAGUCCUUCCUCUGUCCCCACAUCGGCUUACGUUCCUACCCCCACAAUGAGCCAGCCUGAUGCUGAAGGAGACACCCCAAACCCCUGCACUGCUAGGCUAGAUGCCAUCAUGCUGGGUCCAUGGAAGAAGACUUUUGCUUUUAGCGGUGACUAUGUAUGGACAGUGUCUGACUCAGGAUACAAUGACCCUCUGAGGAUUGACACGCUGUGGAAGGCACUUCCUGGGAACCUAAAUGCAGCAGUACACUCGCAGAGAACCAACAAGACAUACUUUUUAAAAGGUGACAAAGUGUGGAGAUACACCAGUUUCCGCCUGGACUACGGGUACCCUAAACAAGUGAAACGCAUCCCUCCAAAUAUAGAUGCUGCUUUGUAUCUAGAAAAGAAUAAGAAGCUAAUAUUUUUCAAGGGAUCCGGUUACUGGCAGUGGGAUGAGCUGAAGUACAGUAACCUCAGUGUUUACCCCAAACCCAUUUCCCAGCUCUUCACUGGGCUGUCCCCGAACCUUGACGCAGCCUUCACUUGGACCAAUGGCAAGCUGUACUUCUUUAAGGGAGACAAAUACUGGCGCGUAAAUGACCUACUGAGUGUGGAAAGAGGAUACCCACUCAGCACGAGGGAGCGUUGGAUGCGUUGCUAGGGACAAUUGCUAGAGGGCAGUAGACACCACUUUAACGUUCAGGGAGCGACACAUUUACACAUUAAGUGUGCAGGGUGCUUGAUAACCAGAUAAGACCCAUGGUCUGCCAAAGAGCCAUUUGAAUUCAAUAUUACAUAUUUACAGACUGUAAUGGGCAAGUGUCUUACUGUGUUCAUACCGUUAAUGUUAACCUCUGAGAACACCAAUGUUCUCUAGUAAAACUAGUUGUACUCACUUUAUAGUAAUCUAAACUUAAAUCCCACACACAAUCCUGUUUGGUUGCUAAGAGUGUGUAACUGAAGUUUACAUGCAUAAUGCCUGUAGAGGGGGUUGCUUGUUGUGAUCUCAGGGGGCCUUCAAGGGAGGCAUUUUCUCCCUCUAACAGAUGUGGAAUGGGUAUGGUUGCUCACAGCUAUUUGGAUUUCACCAGUGUUAUCCAGUAUCAAAUGUUUGUAAAAUUGGGUACAUUCUUUGUAUAUGUAUGUUGAGGUUUAGUAACUGGUUUAUAACGGCAAACUUAUUGGUCCACAUUUUGAAAGCCUUAUGGCACAUUCAUGCUUUUAGGAAAUUGACAGCUUUUGUGUGAGUACAAGCACUUUUGCUUUUGAGUUUGUCUUCUCAAUAAGACAGUAAAAGCAAUACAAAGCGACAAUACAAGCCAUUUAAACAAGCCAUUGUGUCCUUUGGGACAAAAUCUUCAUGUGAUGUCAUGAGAACAGCUAAUGAACAAUUGAGAGCAAAUUCAUGAAAACAGUGGAUUACAGACAUGAAAAGGGCAUUUGGUUGCAUAUACCUAUUGUCCAGUUAAUUGGUCUCAGCAACACUGUUGCUUUGAUCUAUUAAAAUAAACAAAAUCCCCCCCACCCACCCUUUGUAAUGGCCUUUGAGAUCCUCUGUGAUUUCAGGUAGUUGGGCAGCUAAUGUUGCUAUGUGACCAAUGGGUUGAA